GAAGAAAGACCAAAAGAAGUACAGCGAACGUAUGGAGACAGCGGAAGAAAUUUAUCGUUUGAAUGCUGCCAAGUUUAGGGAAAAUCCGCUAUCAGAAGUCUACUUUCAUAACAGUUACGCACGUUACCUUUCCGAUAAAAAAGAUCCUAAAGAAAACAAAAGAAUCGAGAAAGAGACCCAAUCAGCUCUAGAUGUCAGUGUUACAAGUCUGUGUUAUCUUCAUCCAGAAACAGCAGCAACACUUCUUCUUUCGGGAACCAAUGCAAAGCGCCGUAAGCAGUUUGAUACAGCCACACGACAGUUAACUAAGGCAUUAGAACUCUUUAAACGGUGCCUUGGUGAACAUUUUAUGACAGCCGAAGCCCUGAAGGCCCUUGCAGACCUUUUUUUUUUCCUGGAUGGGAAAGCAGAGGGAGAAGACAACUUAACAAUCUGCAUUGAUUACUAUAAGGCAGCCAUAGAAAUGUUCGACGAUCUCGUCGAGGGUGGAAGCAAAGAGAGUAUCCUGACUUUGAAAAACUGUGCAAUAUGUAACCAGAAAAGACGCAGCUUUGAUGAGGCAAUGAAUCUAUUCAAAAAGGCGGAACAACUUGCCGAGAGAGAAUUAGAGGAGAAACACGAAUGGAAAGUUUCAAUCAAGACCACAUGGGCCAUCUUACAUGACGAGAUGGGAAACACGGAUAAGGCGAAAGAAAUGAUGCUUGAAGGACUGUCGAUGGCCAAGAAACUAAAGUUGUCGAUAGAAAAGAUGAGAAACAAAGACCCGAUACGAUCGUUUAUCAAUCGUUACCCAAAGGAGUUCCCUGAGACGGAAUUUCCGAGAGGAGAAAAGAAGAAAGGAAAAAAGGAGAUAAGAGGGAAAAAGAAGAAUUGCAGUGAGGAUUCACAAUAGCGAUUUUACGAAAGGCUAAGGUCCUUAACUUAACGAAAUUUUUUUCUC